UGGCAUAAACGUGCUCUCCAACUCCAACAUCACACCCUCUCUCUCUCUUUUCUCUCGUUUCAUCUGCCGCUUCUCGCUGCGAAUUCGUAGACUUUUCUCUCUCUCUCUUUCUCAAAUCCAGCCGCUGCACCGCACCAUUUCCUCUGUUUCUCGUUAUCCAUUUCGCAAACGUUUUCAUUGCUUCCUUUUUUCACGCUUUUCUCGGACACUCUUUCUUGCUCAUCAAGAAACUAAUAGACCAUUGUUCUUCGUCUGAACCGUUUCGAACCUGUUUUCAUUUUUCCUCAGCUCGAUAUAUCCGGAUAAUCAUGAGUGAAUAUGUUGGAUGCAUUGUUCAAACCGAAAUUCUAUUCAAAGUGCAAAUCACGGUUGAAGUUAAUAAAUACGAGGUUGGAGACGAUAGGGAAGAAAAGGAAAGCGGUGGAGAAAUUUCUUAAGAAAGACAUCGUCGACCUUCUUAGGAAUGCCCUUGAUUACAAUGCAUAUGGAAGGGCUGAGGGGCUUCUCGUGGAGCAAAAUAUGUCGUUUUGCUAUGAACUCGUUGGAAAGUUUGCUAAUUGCGUGUCGAGUCAUGUUCGAGACCUUUGUAAGCAGAGGGAUUGUCCUGAUGAAUGUAAAGAAGCUAUACAGUCAUUGAUAUAUGCAGCAGCAAGGUUUUCUGAUCUGCCGGAACUACGCGAGCUCAGAACGUUGUUCACCCCAAAAUUUGGGAAUACUCUUGAACCUUACAUAAGUCAAGAGUUUGUUGACAAACUGAGGCAAGCUCCUCCUUCGAAAGAAAUGAAGAUCCAACUGUUGCAUGAUUUAGCGCGAGAGUUCUCCACAGAAUGGGAUAGCAAGGCUUUGGAGCAGAGGCUUCACUCACCGCCUCUGUUACUUGAAGAUAAGACUAAAUACGAUCCUCUAAACGAUCAUGGUGAUCGCAUGAACAAUGAUAUCGCUGUCCCCAAAAUAGACAACCUAGGUACCGCUGACAAACAGAGACAUGAAAGAAACUGGCAUACAUCAAAAGGAAAUGAAAAAGACAUCCUAUCACAAAGAAGGAAGGAUAUCAGCGAUCCGUAUUGGGGGGUGCAAAGCAGCACGGACUGUGAAACAACCUCUGACAAUUCAUCCUUGGAUGGGCGAAACGCUUGUUCAAGUUCAUUAGGAAGCGUAUCAGAUAAUGAAACAAUUAAGCAGCCAUCUUCAUUUUCCUACAAACUCGUCCCACCUCCUUACGUCAAAGAAAAAUUGAAUAAACCAGUUGUUCCGGAAAAGCAAAUACCGAAAUCAGUCAGGCGGAGACCUCUCAAGCCACCACUUUACGAAAACAGUGUUUCAGAUUCUAAAACUGGGGGCACUGACAAAGUGGUAGACUCAACGGAUUAUGAAGAAAAGGUAAUGGACGGGCUCUUGAUGCAUUACAGUAAGAAAGAAUCUCCUUAUGGAUCAGGCAUAGCAAAAGCAGUAUAUCCAAAAGCUUAUCCUAUGCAACGAGUAGAAUACGACAAGGGACAUAGGAAACAAAAAUCAAGUGUACCCCUUGUGAGAGGAAUAUCUCUUCCUUCUGAAGACGCAAAUUCGACGGAAACAUUAAAAGUUCAUGGAAGAGCUACUUCCUUAGUACCACAAAUGUUGGGGACAGCGGGGCAUGUGCAUCCUAGUCUGCCUGAUUAUGAUGACCUGUCGUCUCGUCUUGCCGCUCUCAGGAACACAACCCAACCAGCUUAACAAGCAUCACAUUUUUUAUUUUAUUUCCUUCUUUUUGUUGUUUCAUCAUUCUUAGGCUAAUCCAAUAUUUAGUAGCCAUAUACAGACAUGAGAGACAGUUCUUUCUAUUUGUGUAUGGAUCUUUUCAAGAUUGAAAUCAGAAUAUCAACUACAAUCGUAGGUGCUCGUUUCUGCAAAGCUUGCCGAUAAGAUAAUGAAGAU